CAGAACUGAGGAGGGUGGGAGGGAUGGUGGAUGAGAUGUAAUCGAAUGUGAGAAUGAUUGGCUAUGAUGCCAAGCCUCUUAUUAUGCUCCUGUUAAUGUCCGGUCAUCACUUUUCUAGCUUAGAAGCUUUUUAAGCAGCUCAUCGUUUCUCUGUUACCUGGACUCUAGUGUCUUUAGAGGGGACAAGGGGACCCUGCGUUUCAUUCCAAGAUGACUCUGUGAUGGUGGGAUUCCUACAAAACGUGGGUGCAGGGUGAAAGGAAGAGGGAACUCUGCGACAGAGUGUUAGGAUGGCCAGUGAAGGCUCCAGUAGCAUCCCCAGCCCAGUGGUGCGACAGAUUGACAAACAAUUCCUGAUCUGCAGCAUAUGCCUGGACCGCUACAACAACCCCAAAGUGCUGCCCUGCCUCCAUACCUUCUGUGAGAGGUGCCUGCAGAACUACAUCCCGGCCCACAGCUUGACGCUGUCGUGUCCCGUGUGCCGCCAGACAUCCAUCUUACCAGAAAAAGGCGUGGCGGCACUGCAGAUCAACUUCUUCAUCACCAACCUGAUGGACGUGUUGCAGCGCUCCCCCGACAGCCGCAGCCAGGAGUGUGCUGCCCAGGACAACGUCAAUGUCGUGGCGGUGCGCCAGUCGCUUUCCUGUCCCAACCACGGAGGAAAUGUAGGAUAUAACGAACCGUCAAGACACAGGCAGUGCCACAAUGACGUAUCAGAGGUCAUGGAAUUCUACUGUCCACCGUGUGAGACGGCCAUGUGUCAGGAAUGUACGAGUGGUGAACAUGCCGAGCACCCCACCGUGCCCCUCAAAGAUGUGGUGGAGCAGCACAAGGCCUCACUGCAGGACCAGCUUGACACCGUCAAGAACAGGUUGCCUGAGAUCGAUUCGGCCUUACAGAUGCUGUCAGAGAUCCUGCAGCAGCUGACCAAUCAGAAGAGUUCCAUCGAGGGAGAUAUCCACACUACGUUUGAUGAGCUGCAGAAGACCCUGAAUGUUCGCAAGAGCGUCCUGCUCAUGGAGCUAGAGGUCAACUAUGGGCUCAAGCAGAAGGUGCUCCAAACUCAGCUGGACACGUUGCUCCAGGGCCAGGAUGGCAUCAACAGCAGCUGCAACUUUACUGAGCAGGCCCUGAGUCAUGGCACUGAGGCGGAGGUUCUGCUCGUCAAGAAGCAGAUGAGCGAGCGGCUCGCCAAGCUGGCCAACCAGGAUCUCCCUCUACAACCCGGAGAGAAUGACCAGUUAGACUUUCUGGUGGAGACCGAGGGCCUCAAGAAGUCCAUCCACAACCUGGGCACCAUCGUCACCACCAACGCCGUGGCAUCUGAGACUGUGGCCACAGGCGAGGGACUGAGGCAGUGCGUGGCGGGCCUUCCCACCUCAGUCACCAUCACAACCAAAGACAAGGACGGUGAGCUGUGCAAGAUGGGGAAUGCCGUCAUCACGGUGGAGAUCGCCACGCCUGAAGGCAGCGUGUGUGAUGGCGAGAUUCUUGACAACAAGAACGGGACCUAUGAGUAUCUGUUCACGGCGCCAAAGGAAGGUGGUUUUACACUGUCUCUGCGUCUGUAUGACCAACACAUUAAAGGAAGUCCCUUUAAAAUUAAAGCAACAAAGUCGGUGGAUGUGUCACCUAGUACAGAAAGUGCCAAGAAGAGGCUGAAGUCCCCUGGAAGUAGUCACGUCAAGCAGAAGGCCAUCAAGCGGCCAGCCAGUAUGUACAGCACAGGAAAAAGGAAAGAGAACCCCAUUGAAGAUGACCUUAUUUUCCGGAUCGGUACAAAGGGAAGGAACAAAGGAGAAUUUACCAAUCUACAGGGUGUGGCUGCUUCCUCGCUGGGCAAGGUUUUGAUAGCAGACAGCAACAACCAAUGUGUUCAGAUCUUCUCUAAUGAUGGACUGUUUAAGAGCCGCUUUGGGGUGCGGGGGCGGUCUCCAGGGCAACUGCAGCGGCCCACAGGUGUGGCUGUCCACCCCAGUGGUGACAUCAUCAUAGCCGACUACGACAACAAGUGGGUCAGCAUCUUUUCCAGUGACGGGAAGUUCAAAACUAAGAUUGGCUCGGGCAAGCUGAUGGGCCCCAAAGGUGUGUCGGUUGACAGGAAUGGCCACAUUAUUGUUGUGGACAAUAAGGCGUGCUGCGUUUUUAUCUUCCAGCCCAAUGGCAAGCUGGUCACCAAGUUUGGUAACCGCGGAAACGGCGAUCGGCAGUUUGCAGGUACACUCAAUGGUCCUCACUUUGCUGCUGUCAACCAUAACAAUGAAAUAAUUGUCACAGACUUCCAUAAUCAUUCUGUGAAGGUUUUUAACACAGAGGGAGAAUUCCUGCUGAAGUUCGGUUCCAAUGGGGAGGGGAAUGGACAGUUCAACGCCCCUACAGGGGUGGCCGUGGAUGUCAAUGGCAACAUCAUUGUGGCAGACUGGGGCAACAGCCGGAUACAGGUGUUUGAUGGUAGUGGUUCAUUCCUGUCCUACAUCAACACAUCUGCAGACCCUCUCUAUGGUCCCCAGGGCCUGGCCCUCACCUCUGAUGGCCACGUGGUGGUGGCCGACUCCGGGAACCACUGUUUUAAAGUCUAUCGUUACCUGCAGUAGCCCACAUACACACUCACCAUCCGCAGUACGGACUGAAUGGUGUCUAUUCUAUUCUUAAGCUCUGCCAUCCGUAACUGUGCCAUACAGAACCUCCUGCUUGCUGUUCACCUUGUUGGUUGUCUUUGUGGCCUCUAAUUACCUCUGAUCUUUAACCUUUUCCACCACUGACCCUUGUGGAGUUCAUAAAAAAACGGUAUUUCCCCAGAAACAGUUAUUUUCUGACACUAGCCCUGGUGAAGAGAGAGAAUGAUUAAAAAAGGUAAUGUGAUCCAAGUGGGAGGGAAAACAAUUGCGAUCUCCGUGGAUUGUUGGAAGGAGAUUGAUUGACAAGUUUCUGACCAUCCCCUUAAUGUGAUACAGUUUAAUUUUCCGUACUAAUAGUUACAUUUAGGAUUUAUGGAGUGGAAGCUGAUCCUACACCUGUACUUAGGGGAAGUCUCAGCCUGGAGCUGAUAAUACAAUACAUUCCUUUUGUUUAUAGGGAUCCUGCUUGGUAUGAUGAGAAAUGGGUGUCAUAGGCUGGACCCUUCCUUUUGUUAUUUAUUGUUGUGACAUGGCACUUAAUGUAAAACUAGAAUACAAUGUUUAUCAUGAAAUGAAUAUGAAGUAUGAAUCUUGUUUCUACAAUUGGUUUACUGUCACCACUGUCUAUUGAAAUGAGUAAGACUCCAAUUAAAUGAAAAUAAAUUGCUUGGACUUUUGAACUGACUAGCUGCAAAAAUAUUUGCCUCACUAUCUUUAGUCACACACCUGAUUCAAAUUAAAGACUUGAUUACGUCAAACAAGUGUGUAAAUGGUAGGCCAAAAUUGGUGUGUGUGCUUGUGCAAAAAAUUUGCACCUCUUGGGGUAGCCAGGACCAGGAUUGGGAAACACUGACUUAAGAUUUAAGGCUAAGGAUUAGGGAACAUUGAUUUCUGGGUCAGGGUUAGAAAGUCAAACAUUUGCAUGUUUGUUAACUAAAUGAAAGUCAUAAAAUAAAGCAGAGCUAUUCAACUUCAGUCCAGGAUGGCUGAGACAGUUUUGGUUUUCAUCUCUAAUAAAGCAUAUACAGACUUGCACACCCACUGAGUGUAAUUAGCUGCCAGGUGUUUGGCUCGAGUAGCCCUGCAAUUAGGGAUACUUCACAGUUAGCUAUGUGUAGUUCACUUUCAAUUAGUCCUGAAAAUACACAAUGUAGUUUUCUGUGUCAUUCUUACUACUCUGCACUAUAAGCCAUUUUACAACUUUGUAACAAACAGUAUUGGAAAAUAUAUUACAAAAUUGAACUAUUGCUUCCCAUCCUCAAUUUGUGUGGUCUUUUGUUUAUGUUAACAAAAAGGAGUGAUUCUACUCAAAUGUAGUAUUCAGAUACUGUAGCAGACAUUGACAUUACAAUAAAUAUACAAUGGCUUAUAAGUUGAUGUGAAUAAUUUCAGUGUAAGUAAACGACCUAUUAAAAUGUAGGUUCACACUUUGAAAAACACCCAAUCUAGAUUGUAAAGCACUUGGCUCUCCAUAUUUCAUUACUUUCAUCUGCAUACUUUUAGGCAGCCUUUUUGUAUUUUCCCAUGUUCUGUCAUUUGUUGUCCUCGUCAGUUUUGAUGCUGUGAUGCCAAAUGGAAAAAGUGCCCAUAUCUGUAAGCUUUGAGAUCAGUAGCUAGCGUGGUAUGCAACUUCAAGGUUGUAUACAUUCCAUCCCUAUGUGUAUGUAAACCAUUUAUUUUGCCAACUGUGUAGUUGCAAUUUAGAAACUGUUAUGAAUGUCAAACCCAUUGUUAUUUAUUAGGCACAGACUUAUAAUUUCACUCUCCAACUUCACACAAAAACUGCUUUGCUAUUGUCUUACUGCACUUACAGAAAUCUAGUCUGAUAAACCCAAAAACAAAAUAUGCUUACAGUGUGUUGAAAAAAUAUUUUGACAUUUUCAUAAUUUAUGUAAAUUUUCUCUAUGUACAUUACAGAAAUAAAGCACUGCAUUCUUGGAAA